AAGCAGCAGGUCUCAUACCUUUGUUGAUGGCAGCCUGUCAGAGUUUUAUGAGCAAAAUUAUAGGCAUAUUUACCACAACUACUGCGGGAAAACUUCCUGGCAUGGAUGUAACAUCCGAUUUGAUGAAAACAAGUGGAGAAAUUAUAGCUAAGCCGAUUGAAAUCGGCCAAGGCAUUGUGAAAGGCGCACUGAAAGUUCUGAGUCCACCUUCAGAUAGCCCAGCUAAGGCACCGACCGCAACUAAAGAUACAUCUGGUGGUGCUAAACCCGAUAUUGUCGGUUCUGUGGAAAACAUAGGACAAAAUGUUGUUGGCAGCGUUUUUAAAGCUUUCGGUCUAUUCUAAAAGGCAGCGCAGAAGAACAUUGAUGUCUUCGCAUAAUAUAAGUUUUAUUUUACUUCUGUAGGUAAUAAUUUAUUGUUCACUUCAAUAUGAUAGGUAUUUAUUUACCAGAUUAUUAAAAAAGUUUGGUGAAAACCAACUUUUGAUCGUGUCAACCUUUACUUAAAACUAUAUAAAACUACACUAUGCGUUCAGAUGCACUGUGAGAUUUUAAUGAUAGGAGAUCAAAUAUUGUUAUUUAUAGCAAAAUUUUGACUAUGAAAUUCGUUAUUUGGCGUGCGCUGAGAAACUAUUGUUGAUAAAUAAAAGUUAUGUACCAUAUGAUCAAAGUACUCAUUAGUACCCAGAAACAAAACUCGGGAAAACUAACGGUUCCCGCGGGAUUUGUGAAAUACCGAUAUAAACGCGGACGAAGUCGAGGGCAUCAGCUAAUAAUAGAUGUUAUAUUAUGCACUUCGAUUCUAUUUCUUUCUAUACCUAAAUACAUUAGUGCUUGUCAGUAUUCACACCCAUGCCUAGAAAAUGCCUAUUCACUCUUUAUAUGAAGGAUAUUUAUUCAGAAAAUUUAAAUUCAAAAUUCGUUUAUUUCAAGUAGGUAUGCCUAUUAGCACUUUUGAUACAUAAAGUAAGUCUGUUUCUAGUGACUCUACCAAUGGUUCGGAAAGCAGAUUCUACAUAGCAGUAGGUACGUUGGUUUUUUGUAGUGUUUGAAAACUAUGUGAUUAUGAUUUUUAGCAUAAAAACACGCUUUAAAAUGUUGUAUGUCUUUAAUUACGUUCAUCUAUUAGAAACUUUUUUUUUUUCAUUAAUAAAUGGCCAUUAACAUUUGUA